UAACACCUUGGAAACAUCUGCGCACGAGGUCUUGUCUUUACAGUUUGUAUAAAAAAAACCCAUUACAUCACAACAAGCAUAGAUCUUCAAAAGCAGCCAUGACAGUCAAAUCCGUAGCAUACUCCAUCCUGGUGCUGAGGAUCAUCACUCUUCUGAUCUUAGCUGCUUCAGCCACGUACAUGGCUCUUAACAGUUACAAACUUGCAGGUCAGAAGAAGAUUACUUGGAAAGAUCUCAAAACUUACAGGUAUGUUUUCGCGACUGCUGUCAUCGGUGUUGUCUACACGCUGAUUCAAAUUCCUUUCGCUUUAUAUUAUGCACGCACGGAGAAGAGGUUGAUUCGUCAUUCGUGUCUCCCAGAGUUUGACUUCUAUGGAGAUAAGUUGGUCAGCUAUAUUUUAGCAACGGGGGUUGGUGCAGGCUUUGCUGCAUCAAUGGAGUUACGGGAAACGGUGGAUGAUUUUGUUGCUCUCAUUGCUAUCAUAUUGGCUGCAGUAAAUGAAAACAUCAAUUUGGCGUUCAAUCUUGAUAAAUUCCUUUCCGAAACUCAUAAGUUUCUUCAUCGCGGGAUCAUUGCUACUAUUCUCCUUACUAUUGGUUUCGCUUUCAUGGCCAUCACCUCUAUUCUUCAGUUAGUUGGCUAUUAUUCUUAAAUUUCUGAUCAGUUGACAAGUAAUAAUGUAAUAUAUAACAAUAACAAAUUUAGUAAUAAAAUAAGGUCGAAAAACCAUUUUUAAUAACAGCCUUAGAUUUCUAGGUAGGACUUGGUCACCAUUUGUAAUGGAAAAAAGAGAAUAAUUAUUUGU